AUUUGGAUUAAAAUCCGUUUAUUUGAAUUGUAUUUAAUGAGGCCAAAUUGGUGGGCGUAUCCCUCUCCACGAAAAUGGGUACCGAAGCGGAUCAGGAUGGUAGCAAACCCGAAACCCGAAGGCUCCUCACCGCCGCCGACUACUUCCUCCAACGCCGCAACUUCGUCGACUGCUACAAGUACGCCACCCGCGCCCACGACGCCGACCCCACAAAUCCCGCAGCCACCAGAAUCCUCUCCACCGCUGCCGUUCUCUCCGCCUCCAAAAUCUCCGCCACACAGCACGACUACUACGCCAUCCUCAAUCUCCCCUAUUUCGACUCCGACGUUUCUCGAAUUGGCUCCAGCUUCGAAACCCUAACUUCAAUUCUGGAUCCGAAUACGAACCUCUGCCCUUUCUCGUCCGAGGCGUUCGAUUUGGCGGUUAAAGCGUGGUCCGUGUUGUCCAAUUCCGUGGAGAAGGCGAAGUUUGACGCUGAGUUGCGAACGUAUAUGGGUGGUGGUGAUGGUUGUACACCGGGGAGUGGCGGUGAUACCUUUUGGACAAUGUGCCCUUAUUGCUAUCACGUGUACGAGUAUGAUAGGGUUUUUGAGGACUGCUGCUUGAGGUGCGCGAACGAGAGGUGUAGAAGAGUGCUGCACGCGGUGGCGAUUGCGGGGCCUCCGCCGCCGGACGUGGUUGCCAAGGGCCAGUACUGCUGUCCGGGAUUCAUGCCGUUUGCGGUUCAUACAAGCAAUGGAGAGGCAAUAGGAGAGAAAAUGUGGGUUCCGUUUGCGCCUUCACAUCACGAUUUCAGGAUCAUGGUAAUGGCGAAAAGGCGAAAAUUGAAGGUGAAGACGAAAGAGAUAUCAAUGGGGAAACACCUGAAAAUGCAGGUGGAAAAUCUUUGGGGGUGAGAAUGAAGAGGAAGAAAUCUGUACCCUGGAAAUCAAAGAAGUUGUUGGGUAGAGGGAUUAGUAUCGAUGGCGAUGAGGCACAUUUUAUUUAUGGAGUUAGAGAAGAGAGUUGUUCAAAUGUAGAUAAAGACGAAGGUGAGGUCUCAGAGCCUUGUGUUGGAGGAGUGGAGUUUCUUGAGGGAGAUGAUGAUAUAUUCAUAAGUUUGCCGUGUGAUUUUGAUUUUGGAAAUGGGAGACCUAUGAGUUUGUAAAAUGCUACAGAGCAGAGUCCCCUGCUUUCAUUGAUGUUCAUACAACUGACUGGAGCUGGAAGGUAAUUGACAUACUGCUUAUUGGUAUAGGAACAUAUCAAUUUUUCUGCUUCUUUUUUAUUUGGUGCUCCUUUUUUUUUUUUUUUUAAUAUACAGCAUAUGUUAAGUUCUAGCCUUUUGAGAUAGUGAUGACACAAUGUGUUCUAGUAUAGCUUUCGUUGGGUUGGUUUUUGGUAUCUUGUUAUUUCUUCAAAUUCCCAAUGAUUAGUUUAAUUUUAUGAGGAAAAAUUCCUUUCA